AUGGAGACAACCGUCGCGAAGCAGAAUCUGAUGGGGAAUAUUCUGGUCAGAAUCCUCUCCUUCAUCGUUCUCGUCUUCCUCGCCCGCUUCGCCUACGUCAUCACCAUUAGAGGCAACGCUUGCCACUCCGACGACUACUGUGUCGCCCCCGACACCUUCAAAGCCGCCGCCGCCGCCGCCCGUCUCCGAAACUUCUACUCCUCCGUCUUCCAAGACCUCAUCGCCGACGGCUUCCUCUCCCUCACCUCCAAAACCCUCUGCAUCGAAACCCUAGCCGGCCAAGACGUCGCCACACUGCGAGACAUCGGCGUCGUCGAUUCAAUCGGCAUUGCCAGGAAAUCAUCGCCGCCGUUGGUCCGCUACAGCCUCCCCUCCCGGUUCCCGUUCAGAGACGAUUCCUUCGACUUCAUAUUUUCCGGCGAUCGGGGCCUGGAGCGCGCCGCUACGCCGAUCGAGCUCGCCAAGGAAGUCUCCAGGACGCUAAAACCCGGCGCCUUCUUCGUAAUCCUCACAUCGGCGAAAGAUCCGUACAGUCUCAACUCCCUACUCCAAUUAUUCAAUUCCUGUACCCUAAUCCGAACUCGCGAAAUCAAUGGCGUCCAUUUUUCGCCCCAAUCGGUCCGCGAAAUCGUUUUGAAGAAAGAAACCUAUCUUCUUAAUCACAACAAGGCAAAAAUCAAAACCUCUCUGGAUAAGACAAAAAACUGCAAUGUUCCUGGAUUCAAACGGGAACUGAUCAGAAACGCAGAGCCACUAAUCACUGAAGAACCUCUGAAGCCAUGGCGGACGUUCAAGAGAAAUUUGAAGAACAUCAAGUAUCUCUCAUCAAUGGUGGACAUCAGCUUCAAGAACAAGUACAUAUACAUUGAUGUUGGAGCUAGGAACUAUGGUUCCAGCAUUGGAACCUGGUUCAAGAAGCACUAUCCAAAACAGGAAAAGCCCUUCCAGAUUUAUGCAAUUGAGGCUGAUAGCACAUUCCAUGAGGAGUACAGGUUGAAAAAGGGGGUUAAUCUUCUCCCUUAUGCUGCCUGGAUCAGGAAUGAAACCUUGUUUUUCGAGAUAAGUCGAGGGCCAAGCAAGAACAGAGAGGAGAGGAGCAGGGGAAUGGGGAGGAUUCAGACAGUGCAGUCAUCACUGGAGUUUGUGGGGAAUAUGGAUAAGAUUCAGGGGUUUGAUUUUGCAGACUGGUUGGGGAGUUUGGGGUUGGAGAAUGAUUAUGUUGUGAUGAAAAUGGAUGUGGAAGGGACUGAGUUUCACUUGAUUCCCAGGAUGAUUGAGACUGGGGCAAUCUGUUUGGUGGAUGAACUGUUUCUUGAAUGCCAUUAUAGUAGGUGGCAGAGGUGUUGCCCUGGUGUCAGGAGCCCAAAAUUUCAUAGCACAUAUGCUCAGUGCCUGCAGAUGCUUGGUUCUCUCAGACAGAGUGGUGUUCUUGUGCACCAAUGGUGGUGA